AUGAGGAAGCUCAGGACGAUGACUAUUCCAGCCGUCGCUAUCUUGGUAGCCAUCAUAGGUAUGGAAAUCGUUCCAGUAGUGUCAGAACGGGGGCUUUUCUCAAGGGGCAGGAGGAAAGCGAAUGGGGAUAUCGACAAUAUUCUGGAACGAGCUGCAUUGGAAGAUGCAUCACCAGCUCAAGACUACGACCUAGAUGAUCUUCUGGAAGAACAAUUGCAACAGCGAGAUGGCAAACUUCAUCAUACCGGUACAAUCCGAAAAAUGCUUCAUCGAAAGCGAAAACGAAAACGAAGAAACGACAAGUAUACCCAAAGGGCAUUGGAACAAAGAAAACUGCAGAAGAUGGGAAGACGGAGAAAUUCUCGCCAAGGAGAUGCGCGUUUUUAUACGAGUAGCAGCAGCAGUAGCAGCAGUAGUAGUAGCAGCAGUAGCCGAAGUUUUGGAGGCAAGGGAAAAGGCAUGCGAAGAUCCAUGAUUGGCAGUGGCAAGGGGAUGGGGCGAUCCAAGGCAAGACGCUCGAAGCGGCGAUCGUUCCAGACUUUAUCUCCCACAUUUACGUCCAUUCCGUUCACUCGAUUCCCUACCUUUCAGCCAGUAAGCACACCAGCCCCUACCACGGCCAGUCCAGUAACCACCCCUGCCCCAACCACGGCGGCCCCGACGACUCCUACAACUCCCACCACAUCAGCCCCCACCCAACCGCUCACGCCAACCAUUUCCAACCAGCCAUCGCUCAGCAGGGUACCUUCAUCUCAGCCGAGUACUUCUGACUCUCCAAGUUUGAGUAAGAACCCGUCACAACAGCCAUCCUUAUCCGACGCGCCGUCGUUGAGUAACAACCCUUCAUCUUCAACAUCAGCUCCUACCACCUCAACCUCAGCUCCCACUCCGACAUAA